AUGAAUCCAAAUCCUCUCAACUCUGAAGUCCCGGCCUCCAUGGCAGACGUCGUCGUAUCGAUACCGGCGCAGCCUAGCGAGCAUCCGCUCCUCCGCCGCCGGAGUUCAAUCCCCUCCUCGAUCGUAGUAGCGCCGACCAAGCUCAAUCUCCUCUACCACCACCACCACAGCUCGUCGACGACGACCUCCGCCACCACGUCGUCGUCUUCCGACGAUCUCGAGCUGCUGUCGAUCAAGCCUAAUUCUCACAGCUACACCUCGCUGAAGGACCUCCUCCCGACGACGGCGGUCAACUCGCCGCGGCCGAGCUCCACGCAGGGCGGAUCCGAUAUCUGCAUCCGGAACCGCCUCGUCAAGCAGGCGGCGUGGGCGUACCUCCAGCCGAUGUCCACCUCCCCCGGCUCUGCCGACGGUGGCUUCCUCGGCCGCAUCUGCCCGCGCCUCGCCGCCUUGUUUGACCUGGUCCGCCGCAGCGUCGCUCGGGCCAUCAAUUGGACGCUCCAGAUUGUGUGGAUUCGCUGCUCCAGAUAG